GCGUUCCUGACCGUUCCCCCGUCGAUUCUUCCGGUUCGACAAGGCAAUCCCCGAGUGCCGUUUCAAUCACAGCAACCACGCACGAUCAGAAUUCUCGCACCUGAGGCGAACACCGUGAUCCAGCCUUCCAGCCCUUUCGUGUCCGGCGGCCUCUCCACCCCAGUCCCCAGAUUAUGUCGACGCAGUCCAUCUCGCCCGCCUCCGCGUCCGCGCAGUUCCCCUACCCUGCUACCGCCGCGGCUGCGGCCCCGUCGUACUUCCCCGUGCCCUUCCACCUCCAGACCUCGCAGUACCCUACCUGGCCGACGGUGGCCCCCGCGCAGCCGGCGCCGGCGUACAACGCCGUCUACCCCAUGCCCCAAGUCCAGCAGGCACAACAGCUGUUCCAGAGAGACUCGCAGAUAAUCAGCCCUGAAGCUCUCGCCACUGUGAAGGCUGCUAUUGCAGAUAAUGACAAAGACAAGAAAGUUGAAGUAAACAAAAAGGCAGUUCCUCGAAAGGCAGCUGGGCAAUGCUGGGAGGAUCCGACGUUAGCUGACUGGCCUGAAAGUGACUUCCGUUUGUUUUGUGGUGAUCUUGGAAAUGAAGUGAAUGAUGAUGUUCUGACCAAGACUUUUUCAAAAUAUCCAUCCUUCAACAUGGCUAAGGUUAUACGGGAUAAAUCUACCGGUAAAACUAAAGGCUACGGGUUUGUUAGUUUCGCCAAUGCAUCGGAUCUUGCGGCAGCACUAAAAGAGAUGAACGGUAAAUAUGUUGGAAAUCGACCAAUCAAGCUACGGAAGAGCACAUGGAAGAAUAGAAUAGACUACGAAGCUUUGCUGAAGCCGAAGAUUCGGCGACAGAAGAAGCUCAAAGUGCAGCCCAGAAGUGUUUUACACAAGUGAAGCAUAUUAUUCUCCUAGUUUGUCACUACAAAUAUAGAACAGUUAAUGUAAGAUGUGUCUGUUUUCGCCUUAUUGCGGGCUGUAACUCAUAUUCUAGAGUCUUUAGUGCACUCCAGUUUAUGAUUGCAAUGUACUCCCUCCGUCCGAAAAUACUUGUCAUCAAAAUGAAAAUAUCCAAAUGACUAGUAGCAUCUUUGUGGACGCUAUGAAGUGUUCCGGUGAAUAAUCGAUAUUUGUCUCUAAA